UCAUGGGCAAUCAGAGGGAGCGGAUCAGAGACCGGGGGAAAGUCGGAAAACAUCCACCAUGGCUCCGUUUGAGAAAGCCCAGCACCCCAAGCCUUUCAAACAGAGGAAGAGCUUUGCAGCAACGCGAAAGCAUGAGGUGGCAGGAAUCAGGACUAAGUUUCCAACCAAAGUGCCGGUGAUUAUAGAACGAUAUCAGCGUGAGAAAUACCUUCCACUAUUGGACAAAACCAAGUUUCUUGUUCCCCAAGAACUCACCAUGACACAAUUUGUCACCAUCAUCAGAAACCGGAUGACUCUCAUGCCAAGCCAGGCUUUCUACCUGCUCAUCAACAAUGCAGGCAUUGCCAGCAUGUCCCUCACUAUGGCACAGGUGUACAAGGACCACAAGGAUGAGGAUGGCUUUCUCUAUAUGACCUAUGCCUCUCAAGAAAUGUUUGGACACUGGGAACGUGUGCACCAGCUCUCACGAUGAUAAUCAGGAAUGUUGCAUGGGGAUGUUUAAAAACUGUAGGUGAAGCACUAAAUGUUUGUACAUAAUCUUGAUUGUAUAGUUUUAAAAACUCUGCGUUUUGCGUGUAUGCACGCGUCAUGGGAAUGUUAUGUUUUAAUGAACAAGGUAAUAAAUUGUAUCUCAUUCUUG